AGAGAGAGAAAAAUUCCACCCGCGCUGAGCUUUUUUGGGAGGGGAGGAGGGUGAUUUUUACUGGGUUGGCGUGUUGGGUUUGGUGGGGCAGGGCUUGGAGAUCCUUGUAAUGGCCACACGAGUUUCGUCAUUGUAACUUUCUUGGAAGAGAUGCACAUUGAAGAGGCUGUGAGUCUGCAGUGAGCCAAUUAUGGGUUUAUUCGUAAAUGCAUGUGCCUGGGCAUUCAAGACAGACACAAACACUCAACAGCCAAUUGCCUGAUGUUGGUCGCAGACAUGAGUGGAUCAAUUAGCCACGUUUGUCAUGACCUUUUCUGUAAUAUCUCCAAAAACAUGAAACAAUGAACAAUCCCGGUACUUAUCAACCAAACCCUCUCCCUCUCCCUCACCGUUCGUCCCCGAAAUAUCCUUCCCAUUCACCGUCGUACCAGACGGGUAAGUCGGUCGUCUACCUUCCUCAACCAGAGAAAUGAACUGCGCAUCCAUAGGAACACUCCCCAGGAACGGAACCUUGAACUCCUCCGCCAUGCUCUUCCCUCCUCCUGACCCGAAUAUGUCGGUGCACUCGGAACAAUGCGGACACACGUAGCCGCUCAUGUUUUCCACGACUCCUAAUACCCGUAUGUUGGUCUUGGUGCAAAAGUUGAGCUCUUUUCGUACGUCAGCUGUCGCGACGGCUUGGGGUGUUGUGACUACUACUGCGCCCGCGACCUGGCCGGGCAGUGCGUCCUUUUGGAGCGUUUCGGCGAGGGAUAUAUGUUCGUCGCUUGUUCCGGGUGGUGUGUCGAUGAGUAGAAAGUCGGUUUCAUCCCAGAGCACGUCUUUGAGGAAUUGUCGGAUCAUUGCUGUCUUUUUUGGUCCUCUCCAAACAACUGCGUCGCCUCGCUUUGGGAGGAGGAAGCCUAGACUCAUCGCAUGUAGAGAUCCGAGGCCUUUGGAUGAGUCUCCUUCAUGUACUAACACGGGCGCCCAUCCUCCUGGUACUUGGGUGACUUUUGACUCUUCGAUCGAGAGCAUGCGGGGGAUUGAAGGGCCGGUUAAAUCGACAUCGAGAAUACCGACAGAGUGACCGGCUGAAGCGAGCGACAAUGCUAAUUGGGUUGUGACUGAAGAUUUGCCUACUCCUCCUUUGCCUGAGAGGACCUGUUUGGUGAGUAACAGCUUGAAGCGAGUGAGCGAGCGAGCGUAGUGUAACAUACCAGGAUGAUGUGUUUGAC